AUGCACAGUGAGUAUUAUACAACGACACAGAGUUCUACCACGGAGGCACAACCAGAAUGGCAGGCGUCUGCACCCAUCUAUUCAGACCCUCACGCCUACUCACCCAGUUAUUUCAUGAACAUUCCACAAGUCCAACAUUUCAUUCCAGCCCCAGUGGACCCUUUCAUGUAUCCAACAAAUCUCGGAACCUACGUUGGUGACAAACAAGUGCAAUGCUUAUGGGAGACCAAUGGACAGUGUUGUAUGCAAUUGUUUCAAGAUUCCGGUGAAUUAUCAGCUCAUAUCAGUUCCACUCAUAUCACUCAUGACAGCAAGUUUGUGUGUCUGUGGAAGGGAUGUGAUCGAGAGUUCAAGCUGUUCAAGGCAAAGUAUAAACUGGUCAACCACAUGCGAGUGCACACUGGAGAAAGACCGUUUCUCUGUGAAACGUGUAACAAAGUGUUCGCGAGAUCCGAGAAUUUGAAGAUUCACAAACGAAUCCACUCAGGCGAGAAACCAUUCCAAUGUACACACCACGGAUGCACGAAACUGUUCGCCAAUUCAUCGGAUCGUAAGAAACAUAUGCAUGUACAUUCGAGUCACAAGCCAUAUUGCUGUUUGCAUCACGACUGUGGAAAACAGUACACUCAUCCGAGUUCUCUACGCAAGCAUAUGAAGGUUCAUGAAAAUGAAAAGAAGGGACAAAUGACUCCGGAACACGACGAGAGCAGUGAUUCUGGAAACGCGUCGAUCGGAACACCGACAACAGAUGAGAGUUCAACAUUUUCACCGGAAAAUCUGAAAAGAGAUCAACAACACACGAUGCAUGCAUUCAUGGAUCGACCAAAUCCAUUCAUGCAAAUGUACCAGAAUCAGUUUGUCAAUCCCCACUACCCAAUGUUUGUUCCAAAAGUACUUGAGUACUAG